AUGCUGAUAGAUCCUCCACACAUGCUCACCACAUCCCGUCUUUGCCAGGUGUCAUGUGUCAAGGACAUCGAGAACGCUUCACGUAUUAUUUUCCCCGGCGUCGGUGCCUGUGGACAGGCGACGGAAGCUGUACAGCGCAUGGGGUAUCGCGAGGCCCUCAUCGACUAUCUGAAGGCCGAUCGUCCCUUCCUCGGCAUAUGCCUGGGCAUGCAAAUCCUAUUCGACGGCUCCACUGAGAAUGGCGGCGUGGAGGGCUUGGGCGUGGUCCCCGGCACUAUCCGGCAAUUUGACACCUCACUCGGAUUGCCGGUGCCCCACAUUGGGUGGAACAACCUCAUACCCAAGAAGGAGUCCCCCCUACUAAAUUGCGUCGGGGAUCGGCGGGUGUACUUUGUGCACUCCUUCGCCGCCUUCCCGGACGAGGAGAACAAGGACUGGGUCCUGGCGACGGGAGAGUAUGCGGGUGAGUUUGUGAGCACGCUGCAGAAGGGCAACGUCUAUGCCACGCAAUGGCACCCGGAGAAGAGUGGCGCUGCUGGGCUUGAUUUUAUCCAUGGGUUCCUGGACCCAGAAUGGGCCGCCGCUCAGCCGCGCCUCGACCCCUCCGCAUCCCGUGCGUCCAACGGCGUGCCGAGAGGCCUGGCCAAGCGCGUGAUCGCCUGCCUGGAUGUGCGCGCCAACGACCACGGCGACCUGGUGGUGACCAAGGGGGAUCAGUAUGACGUCCGCGAGAGCGCAGAUGCAAGCUCCGGCGCCGGCUCCUCCAAGGGCGAGGUGCGCAACCUGGGCAAGCCCGUGGAGCUUGCGGGGCGCUACUUUGAGGACGGCGCGGACGAGGUCACCUUCCUGAACAUCACCGGCUUCCGCGACUCCCCCGUCGCCGACCUGCCCAUGCUGGAGGUGCUGCGCCAGACCUCGCGCGGCGUUUUCGUCCCCCUCACCGUCGGCGGCGGCAUCCGCAGCUUCACCGAUGCGGCGGGGGUGCACCACCCCGCGCUGGAGGUGGCCGGCGCCUACUUCCGCUCCGGCGCCGACAAGGUGUCCAUCGGCGGCGACGCCGUGCUGGCGGCGGAGGCCUACUACGCGCGCGGCGGCGUGCCCGACGGCUCCACCGCCAUCGAGGCCAUCAGCACCCACUACGGCGCGCAGGCGGUGGUGGUCAGCAUCGACCCACGCCGUGUGUAUGUACGUGCGCCGGAGGACACGGAGCACGUCACCGUAGAGACUGCGACGCCAGGCCCCAACGGCGAGCGGUACUGCUGGUGGCAGUGCACGGUGCGGGGCGGACGCGAGGGGCGAGACGUGGAUGCCGUGCAGCUGGCGCGCUGCGUGGCCCACCUGGGUGCGGGCGAGAUCCUGCUCAACUGCAUCGACCGCGACGGCGCGGGCAGCGGCUUCGACCUGGAGCUGGUCAAGGCCGUGUCCGACGCGGUGACGAUCCCGGUGAUCGCCAGCUCGGGGGCGGGCCGCCCCUCCCACUUCUCCGACGUCUUCCGCGAGACGGGGGCGGCCGCCGCGCUGGCCGCAGGCAUCUUCCACCGGCGGGAGGUGGCCAUCGCCGAGGUCAAGGCCGACAUGGCGCGCGCCGGCAUCCCCGUGCGCCAGUCUGCCUGA